CCCUCCUGCGCUUGUUCGUCCGGGCGGUUGAUCUGAUGCAUGUUUGGUGCAGGCAUUGUGGAGUAAUGGCUGGAACUGGGUAGCAAUACAAGGAAGAUACGCCUUUUAAAAAAACCAUUAAAGAAAUAGCACUGCGAAUUUAGAGGAUGUAGUUUUGCGGCGGUAUGUAGUUGGCGUAUUUGCUGCAGUUCGAGCAGAAGGAACAGGGAUAAACCACCGAUUGGCUUCACAGCCGCCGCUGUGAGUUGGUGCUGUUGAGGUGGAGGAGAGGACACGAUGUCGUUUGGCUAUACUAGACAAGUAGUUUUGAGUGAAGUGGGUUGUACCGUUCAAGUUUAAAUUCUGUGUUAUCACUCGUCUGUCGACGUCUGUAAGGAGUCUCAAUGGAACCACGGCAAUUCAGUCUUCUAGUUUAAAUCGUAUUGAGAGUGUCAGCCCCUCUGACAGUGCAGUCCUUCAGUCUACCGGCGGUAGCUCGGGUACUGCUGCCACAAUCAUGUAACAGUGCAUUUUGGUUAAAGAGUUUAGUAGAAAACAGGAUGAGUCAUGCGAGUUCAGUAAAUACCCCAUUUCUUUAUGAGAAGCAAGGAUUGGUGCUGGACAUGAUUCUCCGCUCUAUGUUAGGAGUAGCCCAGCCUAUCACCUGGGAAGGAGUAGCUAAACUCAUACCAGGAGUCACAGCCAAACAGUGUGCCAAGAGAUUUGAAGAGCUGAGAGGCAAUGGAAUCAUGCCCCAUAUUUGUGAUGAAAACAAAUGUGAAGGGAAGCCAUCUAAAUCAUUGACCACAUAUAUUAAAUCAUCGCUUUUGGACAAUGAAGAUGAUGAAAAAACUCGGUUAUCUGCAGUGCAGAACAGCACUUCCAUAUCAGGAAGAAAUUGCACUCUAAAGGAAAAUGGUUCAACGGAUAAAGGUGAAGACAAAUUAGAUGAAAGCCAAGGGCCUAGCGUGGUAAUUCACGUUUGUGAUGAAGCCAAAAACUUGAAGCGUGAUUUUGUUUGCCCUCGGAAUUUGCUCGUCAGUGAGAUGAAAUAUUUUGCUGAGUAUCUCUCUGUAGAUGCACAGCGUUGGCAAGAAGUAGAUAUUUCGGUGCAUUGUGAUGUCCAUAUCUUUGCCUGGUUGAUGAGCUAUGUGAAGAAGAAACUAAAGCAUCAAGGACAGGCUGAGCAACCAGAGCUCGAGCCUAGUAAUGUCGUCUCAAUUCUCAUUUCAUCUGAAUUUUUGAAAAUGGAUUCCCUGGUUGAAGAGUGCAUACAGUACUGUCAUAAAAAUAUGAGUGCCAUCGUAGCUACUCCUUGUAAUAUGAACUGCAUCAAUGGCACCCUAGCCACACGUAUUAUUGACCUCUUCACACAUAAUGAAGCUGAUGAAGUAAAGGACAGAAAAGAUAAAUUUAAAAGCAAAAUAUUUUGUAAGAAGAUUGAGAGGCUAUUUGAUCCAGAGUACAAGGACCCAGAUUCUCCAGGGAGUGCCCAUACCCUGUACAGAUGUAGUUUGUGUAAGAAACUUCUUACCAAAGAAACUGAGAAAAUGCUUCCUUGUUUGCCUGUGAAAAUAAAUAUUGAUCUGCAUGGAAAUAUAAUAUACUUGCACAAUAGGGACAAAAACUGGGAAGUGCACGAGUAUCUUAAUAGCCUCUAUGAAGACUUGAAGUCUUGGCAAGACGUGUAUUGGCGUUUAUGGGGAACUAUAAAUUGGUUACCGUGUGCAAGAUGUAAAAAAGUCUUUCCAUGCACUGAACUCUCUCACUGCCGCUACCAUCCAGAACAAGUGAUGUAUCUUCCCCCAGGCAAUCAGUUGUCUACUUCUGGCUUUGGGUUCUAUCCAUGUUGUAAGCAGAAGGUGCUACGGUUUGAUCCUCUUCAAGCAAAUACAGGUUGUAAACUUCAGGAUCAUGUAGUCAAAUUAACUAAUCAUCUUCAGACUGGUAAACUUACUUCAUUAUCAAUUGGACAAGUUUAUUGUGAUGUACUACAGCACAAGGAUGUUGUCUGUGUGCCAUUCUGUAAAACAGAAGAAAGUAAUGGAAUUACAAAUCUUUCUGAAGAGAAGGAUCUAGAUUCUGAAAUCUUAGUAGAACCCAAUUCAUGGAGGGGACAGAAAACUGGGGAUGUCACAUCUUUUUCACUUUUGAAAAACUGGAGUUUGCAGCUGAAGCAACAAGCAUUGUAUUCUGAAGAUGAAGAGUACACCACAGGUUCAGAAGUAACUGAGGAUGAAGUAGGAGAUGAAGAAGAAUUGACAAAAAAACAAGGUACAAGAAAGUUUAAGAAAAUUACUAAUCGAGCAAAGAAGCCAGCAGCAUCUCCUACUACACAGAAAAAAGAUAAGGCAUCUGCUCGAGAUGGAUCUCCUUUCAUGGUUGGUUUUCAGAAAAGCAAGUGGGAUUCUCAGCGUUCAAUGAGACAUAAUCAGGAUGCCCAAAGAGAGGAAGAUCAACGAAGGAUAGUUGAAAUAAUUGGACAUCUGACAAAGGUUAGGUAUGGAGAAAAAAUUGAUCGCACCAAGGCAAAAGAAGGAAAAGAGUUUGCUGGUGGCAUUUAUUCCCGACUGGAAUCUCAGUUUAAAGUCUGUCAACGAGCAACUCCACGUCAGAAUAUUUCAUCACAAAACAUGAUAAGGUCGAAGGCCCGCUUAUCUCAACUGCGUCCAACAUAAUGGAUCCCAGAAUCAACAGGAAUUAACUCUUGAUAAAUGCCAACCUCCACAGCAAUUUAAAUAUGCAUGUUUAUUAAUAUUAAAGAUCUAAUUAAGUACAGUGCACAAAUAGUUUUCAUAACUUUUCUGUAGAUUAUCCAGAUUGUAACAUGGAUAUUUAAACAAUUUAUGCCACUUAAAUAAUUAACUCUUCUGCACUUGACAAUAUUCAAAUAGCCGAACUGCACUUAUUGUAUAUGGGGAGGUGUUUUCCACUAAACUUUUUAGUGUAGUUUUUCUAAAAUAACAGCAAGUUCAUAAUUGUGAACUAUAGUUAAUUCUUCAAGUAUGCAGAUUUGAUUACUUGGCAUAAAAUGGUUCAACUUAAACUUUAAAUUGCUGGGCAAUUCGGGGAAAAAAUAUUAAAAUCUGGUUUGCUGCCAUCUUGCAGCACUUGAAGGAAAGAAUGGGCUGUAUAUUUAUAGAUGAAAAUUUCCUACCUCUUAGCUUCAUAUUUGUUUUGAAUUUGAUUGCCAGGUGGAAAUUCCUUGAAUUACAUUUUUUACUAAUUUAUGAAAAGUGAGAAUCUUAAAAGCCAUUUCUAGCAUUCUGCACUAAUUACAUUAGUUAAUACAAUAUAAAAAGUUGUACCAAAAAUAAGCUUGCUAACUAAAACAAUCAUUUUUUAUCCUUAAUUUUCACAUUUACAAUGUAACACAAGCAAUUCUAUACUCUUCAUUUGAACAACUAUAAACAUGGAAUUUUGCUGAUGGCCCAAAAAGCUUAUGGAUAAUUACAUAAAUUGAACAGUGACAGUAAUCUGAAUGUUUGAUGGUUCAUCUCACACAUUAUUUAUCUACAAACAACUAUUGUAAAAGUCUUGUGCAUUUAUAGUUCCUGCUUGAAAUGCAUUGCAGUAUGUGCAUUUUCAGGUAUAUUUUCAGGAAAUCAACAAACAAUAAUAAUAAUUGACUGAAUAGCCAGUAGAGUAAAAGCAAUUGGAAUAGUAAUUAUAUUCACCCUAUGCAUCUAAAAUUAAGUUGUUGCCUGUUCAGAAACUCAUUUAGAUACCACUUUUGAUACUUUGUACAUUAUUUUAGAAAUAUCUAAGUGAACUUUGUGAAAGAUAUUUAUCAAACAGUGGCAUACAAGACCAUUAUUAUAGAAUUGAUUAUAAACACAACAUGAAUAGCUCCAAAGUUUGCAAUGACAUUAAAGCUUAUUUUGAAUGACAUUUGUCAUGUAAUCAAUUCUUAAAACCAAAUCCUGCAGACCUGUAAUCAAAUUACCCAAUGGUGGAAAAUACAGAAGUAGUUUGCUUCUGAAACUAGUUAAUGUGACUUAUCCAUCACCAUACAGUACUUACUAUUCUAGCAGGUUAUUGUCUUUCAUCUCUGAAAAUACCUGUGUAACUUUUGGUAUUAAACUCGUUUCUGUUCUUUGAUUCCAGAAGAUGGUAAAACACAUUAUAUCAUGACAUACCUCCCAUUUCAAGCAAGAAGCUGAUGCAUAAAACUCUAAACAAAUCCCAAGUAUACUGCUCUUAAUAUCUCUCUGAAUUUCCAGUAGGGUACAAGUCAUAAUCAAAAUCAUGCAUUAUAUACACAGAGUGAAUUGAGAAGCAGGAGAGGGGCUCUGCUGCUGGACUCGAUGGUGUACAGGCAUGUAUUACACACAAUGUUUGGGAAUUGCAGAGACUCAUGUAAGCCUGUACUUACAUGAGUGGCUAUAUAGUGGCAGAUUCCUAUGGAACUGCCAGCCACAGUCAACAUGACCUAGUCCAGUACAUCUCCUAACUUUGUGUACUUUAGAAUACUAAACUGGUAAAUUACCUUCACCAUCAUUUAAAUACAAUACAGUAUGUUUAAUGUCUCUCUCCUGGACUUUCCUCCCUGAAACAGAAUGGCCAGACACCAAACUUGUACUGUAGACAA